AAACUUGUAAAAUAGUUUCAAAAGAGGAAAGUCUUAUGUUAGAGGCAAACAUACAGAUUUCAAUGGAGUUGAAUCCAAACGUUGCACAGUAUUAUGCCAAUCGAUCUUUUGCUCAUAUAAAGACUGAAGCAUAUGGUUUUGCUGUCGAAGAUGCAGAACGUGCCGUCAAAGCCGAUCCAACAUAUGUUAAGGGUUAUUAUCGAAGAGCAGCAGCAAAUAUGGCAUUAUGCAGAUUUAAAGAUGCACUUCAGGAUUUUCGAAUUGUUGCGAAAAAAAAUCCGAGCGACAAAGAUGUAAAAACCAAAUUAGCAGAAUGCAAGAAGAUUGUGAAUAAAAUUGAAUUUGAAAAAGCCAUUGAGGUAGAUUCACGCCAGAAAAGUAUUGCGGAAACGAUGGAUAUAAAUGCGAUCGGUGA